GAUACCUUCCUCAGUGUGCCAGAUCUCCAGUCUCCACAUCGCUGCCUGGUUUUCUCACAUUCUUCAUUACUUUUCAUAUUUGCAAACUGGAAUCAGCCCUGUUUACAGUUAUUGGACCUGAUCAGCCAAUCACUGCCAUUGUGGGGGAAGAGAUCGUAUUGCCAUGCCACCUGUCCCCCAACAUGAGCGCUGAGAACAUGGAAGUGAGGUGGUUCCGGUCUGAGUUUAAAAAUGUUGUGCAUCUGUACCAUGAUGGGAGAGAGCAGUUUGGACAACAGAUGCCAGAAUACGAGAGAAGGACAGUGUUUUGGAAAGAUGACAUCACAGAUGGAAAUGUUUCCUUGAGGAUUCUCAAUAUUAGGCCUUCAGAUGAAGGGCAAUACACCUGCCUUGUUGAUGAUGAUAUUACUUCUGAGGCAGCUGUAAUAGAACUGAAGGUAGCAGCUUUAGGCUCUAAUCCUAUCAUCUCUGUGGAGGAUUACCAGAAGGGAGGGAUCCGUGUGACGUGUCGAUCAGCUGAGUGGUACCCAGAGCCCCAGGUGCUGUGGAGAAAUGCCCAGGGGCAUCAUAUAGCAUCGCUUUCUGAAAUCAAAUCCCCAAAGGUGAAUGGCCUGUUUGAAACAGAAAUUUCUGUUGUCAUAAAUGGACAUUCAAACCAGAACUUGUCCUGUUGGAUCAGGAACAGCCUCCUCGACCAAGAGAAGGAAUCAGCAAUUCAUAUAUCAGCUCUCUUUUUUCCAAGCGUGAAUACCUGGAUGGUGGCACUGAGCAUGAUCCUAGUGAUUGUGUUAAGUUUCAUAAUCCUUAAUAUAUAUCUCUUCAGAAUAACAGGAAACCUCCAACAAGAACUUGGGUGGAAAAGAGCUGUGAUCUGUCCAGGGCUGGGACAAACUGCACCGCCUUUGGAAAAAGAGGACGUGACUCUGGAUCCAGACACAGCUCAUCCCUACCUCGUCCUGUCUGAGGAUGGGAAAAGUGUGAGAUGGACACACACACGGCAGCAGCUGCCCAAAAAUCCUGAGAGAUUUUACACUCAGUCCUGUGUGCUGGGCCAUGAGGGAUUCACCUCCGGGAGACACUGGUGGGAGGUAGAGAUGGGAAAGGGAAAAUACUGGGCUGUGGGGGUGGCCAGGGAGUUUGUGAGGAGGAAGGGAGAGAUCAGAUUUAACCCCGAGGAGGGGAGCUGGGCUGUGCAGCGCUGCAAAGGUCAGUGCAAGGCUCUCACCGCUCCUGAUCCCACCCCACUGCCCCUGGACCGGGAGUGCAGCAGGGUCAGGGUCUAUCUGGACCGUGCAGGGGGAAAGGUGUCAUUUCUCAAUGCUAACACUGCAGCCCCAAUCUUCACCUUCCCACUGGCCUCAUUCACUGGGGAAAGAAUCCAGCCCUGGUUCUGGGUGGUGUCUGGUGAAGUCAAGCUCAGGCAGUGCCAGUGAGAAGGAAAGGAAAUGUUCAAGAGAGGACCAGGUAAUUGGCCCCUCUAGCCUCAGGCAUGCUCAUUUCUAUGAGCUUAGAGGCCUGCCAUCUUCCUGCAGACUAUCAACUGUGCAGCCUCUGUAACCAGGGCGGUACUCCAAGGUAUACCCCAUCUCCAGUUGAAGGGAUCAGAGCAGGUGUACAAGCGCUGUGAGAGGUGUAUGGACCCUCCUCCCCCUAUAGAGCAGAGCCAGAUCACCAGUUGGGACCUAACCAUAUACCUUUUAAUGAGAAAAAACAGUAGUGGGAACAUAAUGUGUAUAAACCAGAGGGUAUAGAGGACACUACAGCACCCCAAGAGGGCAGGAUUCAAUAAAGGUUAGGCACUUACAAUUGUAGACGUAUUCAUCCAGUUAACAAAAGACAGGUUUAACAAAAUAUAAAACACGAACGGCUGAACAAACAAUACUGGUUGGUGAAAUAUAAAAUGCACAAAAUUCAAAAUGUCAAAUAGCAAGAAAUAUAGGGCCUAGGUACCUGCAGGGGGUGAAAGAGGGAAGACACAAUGACCCCCUUCCACUGCAACAAGAAUUUUUCCCUGUUACUUCACCCACCCCAGUUCAACACAGCUGGGACUUGAACUCAAACCACCUAUGUAAGAAGCAGACACUCUACUCCCCAGCUACCAGUGCUGGUACUUCCCCUAAGCUGCUAGGGGUUUUGACUUUCCAGGAGCCCCUGCCUCACGUCACACUGCCUGGCCUCUGACUGGAGGAGCUAGAAGCAGAACUGUGAACCUCUAGGGUCACUGCUCAGCUUCUUGCUGGAGCUGGGGAGCCUCUCCUGCUGGCCACAGCCUCUCAUAGGGGAUCCUGGAGCGCAGCAGGAAGUCUCUGCUGCCGUCCUCACACCGCGCUGCUGAGGGUCCCACUGCUGCCUGCAGGUCCCACUCCUUCAGGGUCUUCUGUGGCAACUGCUUCUGCCCCUCUGGCCCAGCUCUUGCCAGAUCUUUGAAACUCCUUCCUCGUGGUCCCUCACUGGUCUCCCCUGAAUCAGCUGCACUGUCCCUUUUAUCCUGCUCUGGGUGACCCAAGGGGCCAAUCAGGGGUCAUGGAGGGUGAGUCUCUGGGGCCUGAUUGGCAAGGAAAAGGAAUCCCAAGCCCGCCAAUCAUCUUUUACCCUUUCAAAACCCCUGGGUCAAAUCAUUACCAGCUAGCCCAUCACAUCCACCCCUGCGGAACCCUUCACCAUCCCCAUUGAAGCACAGACUUCAGCCUGGGGGACUACUGGGCCCAAGGGGCAGAGAUGGGGACUUCCCCUGGCACCCCCAGGGCAUUGUAAUUAAAGCGGAAGACUGUCCAAAGUUCCUGUCUUGGCUGUGGGGUGUGGU